AAAGCGCUGACACGCAACUAAAAUCAACACAAAAAAGCGUAGAGCCAGGAUCAAAACUUUGAAGAGGAAGCUUUGAAGAGUCUUUUCAAUAAAAGAGAUACCAAGUCCAGAGAUACAAGUAUACAAUACAAAUACAAAUUAAGGAGUUAAAUUAAUUAUUUUAGAAAAUGUCUGUUCAAUAUGAGGAUGACGAUAUUGUUAUUACGGGCAUUUCAGGUCGUUUGCCUGAAUCGUCAAAUAUCGAAGAAUUUAAAGAAAACCUAAUGAAAGGAAUGGAUAUGGUCUCUGAGGACGACCGUCGUUGGUCAGCAGAUAUGUACAACGAUGUGUCAAACCGAUUCGGCAAAAUUAAAGAUAUUGAGAGCUUCGACGCUUCCUUUUUCGAGAUACUCGAUUAUCAAGCGCGUGUGACAGAUCCACAACUUCGUAUGUUGUUAGAAGUCACAUUCGAAGCAAUCGUUGACGCUGGUAUUAAUCCCAUUACUAUCAAAGGAUCUCGUACCGGCGUUUUUGUUGGCGUCAGCUCUUCAGAAGCGUGCGAAUUUUGGACAGAAACUCCUGAUCGUGUAAACGGAUUUGGAUUGCUCGGAUGUUGUAGAUCAAUGUUGGCUAACAGGAUCUCCUUUGCAUUUGGCUUUAUCGGACCCAGUUAUGCAUUAGACGCGGCUUGUUCCUCGUCCUUGUUCGCUUUGCAUCAGGCAGUUGCUUCGAUACGCGCCGAAGAAUGCGAUGCCGCUAUUGUCGCUGGUUUGAAUCUCAUACUGCAACCGCUGUACUCUCUUCAUUUGAAAUAUUUAAAUGUACUGUCGAAAGAUGGUAAGUGCAAAGUGUUCGACAGCGCGGCUGAUGGUUACGUGAGAGCUGAAGCAGUGGUAGCGAUAUAUUUGCAGAAAUUGAAAGACGCACGCAGAGUAUAUGCCACAAUAGUUCACACGAAAACGAAUACGGAUGGUUACAAGUUGGGGAACAUCGCGGCCCCCAACGGUGUAAUGCAGAAGAAAUUGUUAGACGAGAUAUACAGUGAAGCGGGGAUUGAUUUUGCAGAUGUGGCUUAUAUAGAAGCCCAUGGCACCGGCACUAAAGUCGGCGAUGUAGAAGAAAUCAAAUCGAUCGACGAAAUGUUCUGCCAAAACAGGAAGACUCCACUAUUAAUUGGCUCCGUAAAAUCCAACAUGGGUCAUGCGGAAGCCGCCAGCGGAUUGUGCUCAGUUAUUAAAGUGUUGAUCGCGAUGGAAACAGGCGUGAUCCCCGCAAACUUGCACUUCAAUACCCCAAACCCGAAAAUUCCAGCGUUGAGCGAAGGACGUUUGAAAGUGGUUGAUAAGCACAAGCAAUGGAACGGCGGUUUAGUCGGUAUAAAUGCAUUUGGCUUUGGCGGAAAUAACGUACACGUCAUUCUUCGCAGUAAUCCGAAGUCAAAGUUGUCGCCAGUACUAGAUGUUCUUGAACUGCCCGCGUUACUCGUCGUGUCGGGUCGUACGGAGGAAGCUGUGAAUGUGUUACUGGACAACGCAAAGCAGCAUAAAAAUGAUAAUGAGUUUAUCUCGUUAUUACGUGCUGUGUAUAGCAAUGACAUACCGGGACACACAGUCCGCGGCUACGAAAUACUGAGCUGCGACAAUACCCGUGAAUUGUUCGAAAUGGAGAAUAUGAAACGUCCCAUCUGGUUUAUAUUUCCCGGCAUGGGUUCACAAUGGCCGGGCAUGGGUCGCGAAUUGCUCAGAAUGAAAACCUUCCGAUGUAGUAUGAAACGAUGCGCGGAUGCAUUGAAGCCUCACGGCAUCGAUCUCAUGAAUAUCAUUAUAAACGGCACGAAAGAGACGUACGAGAACGUAAUUUAUUCUUCCGUGUCGAUUGUAGCUAUCCAAAUUGCUCUCGUUGACGUGUUGACGUCAAUAGGGAUCCAGCCGAACGGCCUGAUCGGACAUUCUUUCGGAGAACUCUGUUGUGCAUACUGCGAUGAUGAAGAAUUCACGCUGGAGCAAACUGUCUUAGCGGCGUACUACAGAAGCAAGACAAUCGCAGAUUCCAAAUUGGAGCCAGGCGCUAUGGCGGUAGUUGGUUUGAGUUGGGAGGAAGCUAAGGAGACAUGCCCUUCUGACAUCACCCCAGCCUGUCACAAUUCUAAAGAUUUAAUCACGAUUUCCGGCCGAGUCGAGUCUGUACAAACAUUCGUAGAAGAAUUGAAGAGCAAGAACAUUUUUGCCAAAAUAAUUAACAGUUCCGGCGUCGCUUUUCACAGCAAAUACAUCGCCUCGAUCAAAUCUCAAUUGCUCGCCUCGUUCAACAAGGUUAUAACAAAACCAAACCAAAGAUCGUCCAAAUGGAUUUCUAGUUCAAUACCCAAAGACGCGUGGGACUGUCCACUCGCUCGAUUAAACUCAUCAGAUUAUCACGUAAAUAAUAUGUUAUCGCCUGUGCUUUUUCAGGAGGCGAUCGCGCACAUCCCAAAUAACGCAAUAACAAUCGAGAUUGCGCCGCAUCGCUUGUUACGAGCAAUCCUUUGCAAAUCGCUGCCACCAACGGCAACUAAUAUCAGUCUACAAAAGCGAAAUCACUCAGACAACUCUGCUUUUCUACUGUCCGAAAUAGGUAAGCUGUACAUUGCCGGUGCGCAACCUAAUAUCUCGAAAUUGUACAGCCCGGUGAACUUUCCCGUCGCUCGCGGAACACCGAUGGUCGGUCAUCUGAUCAGAUGGUAUCAUUACAUAAAGUGGGAUGUGCCCAUAUAUAAGCAGAUAUCGAAAAAGUUGGAAAAGUGCAUCGAAAUAGAUUUGUCGAAGAAGAACUACAAUUCAACGGGACACAGGAUAAACGGAGAAAUUAUUUAUCCGCAAACCACUUGUCUUUUUUUGGUCUGGGAAAUUUUUGCAUCGCUACAAAAUAAAGAGUUUUACCAAUUGCCUGUGACCUUUGAGCACAUACGGUUUCAACAAGUCAUUUUUAUGUCAAAGAAGAAAUCGAUUAAAUUGACGAUAAACAUUGCAAAGGAUACUUUCGAGAUUUGGGAAGAUAACCUGGAUAUGCGUAGAUAUAUCGCUAACGGAUACAUCUACGCAAACCGAUACGCAUAUCCUAUGAAAGAUGAAGAUCCAACGUGUCUGCCAAAUCCAUUUGCCGAUAACAGCAGCUUCAUGUUAAGCCAUGCGGAUAUUUACAAGGAAUUAAGUUUACGCGGACAUGAAUACAGCAGUGAUUUCCGUAACAUAGAGUCUUGCGACAGUCACGCUAUUAUCGGUAAACUUUAUUGGUUUCAUGACUAUAUACCGUUCAUUAAUAAUAUAGUUCAAUUUAGCAUGUUAAGUGGCAGCCGCAAACCGCAGUAUAUAUCGUACAUUCAGCAGAUCUUAAUUGAUCCUGACCAACACAAACAAAUACUCAAAAUUACAAAACAAUUCCCAAGAAAAAGAAACGACUGCUUGAUACCGGUUUUGCCGAUAUAUCGUAACGAACACAUAAUCAAAUCAGGCGGCAUUGAGAUUAAAGGAUUGAAAACUUCAACACCUUGGUGGCAGAAGCCUCAAGCCAAUCUUAAAUAUGAACAAUAUGCUUUCGUGCCCUACGAACAUGAGUUUGAUACAAAUAAGGUUGCGAACAGAUACAAAGAUACACUUACCAUAAUGUGUCAAAUCGUAUGCGAAAAUGUAACAACGUUCAAUAUUAAAAUUGUAGAAGUCGCAGGUGAACGAGCUGAAGAAUCACUUUUAGCACCGCUUGUAUUCAACAUACUUCGUGAUGAACCCUUGAUUACCUUCGAUAUGCAAGUGGCUGUUUCAUCUGGCACUUACACAAAGACGAAUCUCAGCCUGAUGAACAUUGAUAUUGUGGUACGCGAUGCCAACAACACACCCCCCGCUAAAAAUGCGCAUCUCGUUAUAGCAGCGAAUGUUUUAUCAAACCAAUCUCACAUCGUUCUCAAUAACUUGAUAAAUGCUUUAAACCCCGAGGGUUUUAUUCUUUUAGAAGAAACUGCCAAGCAACGACAAUUACUAGACAUAUCGCAUUAUGCAAAUAUAGUAUUAGUCGCAAAACAUAUCGAUCCCUUAGAAAAGACAUAUAUAUUAUUGAAGAAACGAGAGGAAAGGAAAGAACCGUUAACUAUACAUAUAACACAAUAUGACACAAAUGAUAUAAAAUAUUGGUUGGAAGAGUUGAAAUUCAAAUUGAAGAUGUGUAAAAAACAUCAAGAGGUACUUCUUAUAUGCCAAGGCGAAGAAAUAGGUGGUUUCAUCGGAUUAGCGAAAUGCAUACGGAAAGAAUAUCACAGUGUGAAAACGCGCUACGUCUUCGAUCAGUGUAAUUUCCAUUACGAUAUAUCUGACAUGUUUUACGAAGAACAAUUAGACAAGGGAUUGAUAAUCAAUGUGUAUAAAAAUGAAAGUUGGGGCAGCUAUCGACACUUACGAUUAGAUACCGUGCGCAUCAUGACGGUCGCGGAACACGCCUAUGUCGGCACUGUGGUGAAAGAUAAUCUACGCAAAUUGGAAUGGAUUGAGAGUCCAUUAAAGUAUCACAAACCCGAUCAACUUUCGGACAACAAGUUCCUCUGCAUGGUGUACUACGCGGCGAUUAAUAAGAAGGAUGUAUCGUUAGAAAAUGGCAAGAUGUCACCGCAAGAUGUCUUGUUGGCAGACGUCGUAGAAACAGCUGUGCGCGACGACCGUACGCUGGAGUUUUCUGGAAGAGACAUGGUUCAGCAUGACAGAUACAUGGGAAUAACCGGGGCACUGGCGACCACCGUGCUGGCAGAUUCGAGUUUCCUAUGGAAAGUACCCGACAAGUGGACACUGGAAGAAGCGGCGACGAUACCGAUCGCGUAUGUGACCAGCUAUUACGCACUGUUUGUACGGGGCGAGCUGAAACCGGGUGAAAGUAUCUUGAUUCACAAUGGCGUGGACCACAUCAGCCAAGCCGCAAUUAUUAUCGCUCUAUACGCCGGUUGCACAAUUUUCACCACUGUUCACACGCAAGCGCAAAGACAAUAUAUCAAAGACGUCUUUCCGAAUUUGACCGACAAGUUCAUCGGCGAUAUUCAAAAUAGUUUCGAGCAAUUGAUCGUUACAGAGACGCAGGGACGCGGAGUUGACGUGGUGCUGAACUCCCUGCCGAAAGAGAAGCUACAAGCCACCAUACGAUGCCUCUCAAACGGCGGUCGUUUUCUCGAUUUAGUGGACAACGAGGACAACGCAUUUCUAUCAGCGCCCAUGAAAAAUAUAACCUUUCACUUUGUAAACCGCUGUAUAGAUUUGUUACACAAAAAUUGCGCGGAAAAGGAAAAAGUGGUGAAGCUCGUCCAGGAAGGAAUCGAUGACAACGUCGUGUGUCCUUUGCCGAGGGUUGUGUUUUCAAAGUACGAUCUCGAGAAGGCAUUCAGUUACCAGACAGAUGAAAGCGAUCUGUUUGGAAAAGUGCUACUGAAAAUCCAAAACGAGGAGCCAACGAGGGAGGAUGUGCUACUACCGCGCGAAAGAACUCGUGCCAUGCGACGCAUUUACAUGGAUCCGAACAAAUCGUACGUACUAGUGGGUGGUCUCGGCGGGUUCGGUUUAGAAUUAGCCGACUGGUUGAUCACCCGCGGUGCAAAGUACAUCGUUCUUGUGUCUCGUUCGGGCAUACGCACCAUUUAUCAGACAUGGUACGUGCAACGCUGGAUCGAAAACGGCGUUAAAAUCGUCAUUUCCACGAAGGAUGUUACAACAGCAUCCGGUGCCACAAGCAUGAUCGAGGAAAGCUGGCAGCUAGCUCCAAUAGGAGGUAUAUUCAAUCUGGCAGCCGUUCUGCGUGAUAAGGCUGUUAUGAAUUUAAAAGAGAGCGACUUCAAAGCAGUGAUGUCGCCGAAAAUCGAUAUAACGAGAAAUUUAGAUAUGGUGCCGGAUCAUUAUUACUCACAAUUGGAUUACUUCGUCGCAUUUUCAUCCAUGACGGCCGGCCGGGGUAAUGCGGGUCAAUGUAAUUAUGGUUUUGCAAAUGCUGCUAUGGAGAGAUUGAUAGAGAAAAGAAGUGCGUUGAAUAAACCUGGUCUCGUUAUUCAAUGGUGUGCUGUCGCAGACGUCGGCUUAAUUAUAGAUAAUAAAGGAAAUAACGAUACCAUUAUAGCUGGUACAGUACCGCAACGCAUGUGGAGCUGCCUUAAAACUUUGGAAUACUUUCUUCAGAUUCAGCCUUCUUGUCCCGUGUUAUCUUCAGUUAUAAUAGCCGAGAAACGCAAAUCUGCAAACAACAAGGAAGUCGGACUUGUAGAAACUGUUAUUGCUAUACUAGGCAUUAGAGAUGUGGUGAAUCCCGACGAAUGCCUGAAUACUUUAGGUAUGGAUUCGGUGACGGAAAUUGAAGUAAAGCAGGUGCUCGAGAAUUAUAACAUUGUAUUGUCGGUUCUUGAAAUCCGUGCGCUAACAAUCUCGAAAUUGCACGAUCUAGCCUUGCAGUAUUCUUCUUCCAAUCAGGAAGAUCGUAUCACAAAACUGAGACAAGAGAUAGCGGCUCACUAUUCUAAGCUACGAUUAUUGCCGGAUCUACACAUAAGUUAGAUAAGCUACAGCUUAGGGCCUCACAUUAUAAAGGGGCCUUCUUCUAGUAUAGAAAAGAUUUUUAAAAAUGUAUUUUUUGUUAAUAAGAUGGGGGCCUCCUUAAGAUCAUAGCUUAGGGACCACAAAAUCGUACAUCCGUCCCUGGCUACGAUGAAUAUCUAGCUAGUAGCGUUAGUCACUUGCCAGAUUUUUGGAUAUGCAUAUCAUAUUUGAAAUGCUCGCCGUGAUGGAAAUAUUUUUCUAAAAAUAUAACGAAAUUUUGCUGAAGUGUAUUUGGAAAUUUCUCUCA